AUGGCCGACCCAAAGGUCUCCUCCCCAGUCCCAGAGGACAAGGAAACAGGCAUCCACCACCACACCUCAAUCACAGACGACACCAACACCGCAACCCCCAUCAACCACAAUGCCGCGCACCCAGAAGACCUCGCCGCGGAGGCAGCCCAAGCCGCCUCCGCAGAACACAAAAUGUCCCUCCUCGAAGCCAUCCGCACCUACCCAAAAGCAAUCGGCUGGUCCGUCCUCCUCUCCUCCACCCUCAUCAUGGAGGGCUACGACCUCGCCCUCCUCAGCAACCUCUACUCCUCGGCCGUCUUCCAGCGCAAGUACGGCACCUUUGUCGAGGCCCAGAACAAGCACGUCAUCUCCGCCGCCUGGCAGUCCGGCCUCAGCAACGGCGCCCGCGCCGGCGAGAUUUUCGGGCUUGUGAUUGCCGGCUGGACGGCGGAUCGGUACGGGUAUCGGGUGACGACCAUGGGGUUCUUGGUGUUGAUGAUUGCGUUCAUCUUUGUGCUGUUCUUUGCGCCGAAUGUGCAGAUCUUGGUGCUUGGGGAGGUUCUCUGCGGAAUCCCUUGGGGUGCUUUCCAGAGUGUCACGCCAGCAUAUGCCUCCGAGGUCGCUCCCGUCGUUCUCAGGCCGUAUCUCACCACCUUCAUCAACAUGUGCUGGGUCAUCGGACAAUUCUUCUCCGCGGCCGUCAACAAGGGCUCCUACCACCACCAGGACGAAUGGGCCUACAGAAUCCCCUUUGGAGUCCAAUGGGUGUGGCCCAUCCCCAUCCUCAUCGGCCUCUUCUUCGCCCCUGAAUCCCCCUGGUGGUACGUCCGCCACAACGACAAACCAGCCGCCAAACGCGCCCUCCUCCGCCUCACCUCCCGCAACCAACCAAACUUCAACCCGGACGAGACGAUCGCCAUGAUAGAGCACACAAACGAGCUCGAGAAGCGCGCAAAGGAGGGCGUGACCUACGCAGACUGCUUCAAGGGCGUCGACCUCCGCCGCACCGAAAUCGUCGUCGGCAUCUGGCUCGUCCAGACCCUCGGCGGGCAGAACCUCAUGGGCUACUUUGCCUACUUCUUGACGCAGGCCGGCAUGGACCCCGGAAACUCCUUCUCCCUGUCAAUGGGCCAGUACGCCCUCGGCAUGGUCGGCACCGCGGGCUCCUGGUUCCUCAUGUCCCGCAUCGGCCGCCGCACAAUCCACUUCUCCGGUCUCUGCGCGCAAUUCUGCCUCCUGCUGAUCGUCGGCUGCCUCUCCUUCUCCGACAGCAACGCCUCCGUCUGGGCCAUCGGCGCCAUGCUCAUCGUCUUCACGUUCGUCUACGACUUCACCACCAUCGUCCUCGCGCGCGCGGGCUACAACGCCAGCAACAUCUUUGUGAACGUCAUGACGAAUUACCAGCUCUCGUCGACGGCGUGGAACUGGGGCGCGCGCACGGCGCUGUUUUGGGCGGGCACGUGUCUGCUCUCGUCCGUGUGGGUGUAUUUCCGCGUGCCGGAGCCAAAGGGGAGGACGUACGCCGAGCUGGACCUGUUGUUUGAGCACAAGGUUUCGGCGAGGAAAUUUGCCGAGACGAAGAUUGAUCCGUACUCGCAUGAGCUCAACAGCGAGAAGAAGUUGGCCGAGGAGCAUUAG